GCCGUGCCUGCCCCUCGCCCCUCCCGCCGCGGGGGGGGGCGGGGGGAAGGGCGGAGCCUCGGCGCGCGCGGGGAUUAGCGGGGUCCUGCCUGGGGCUGGCGAAGCGCCUGCGGCCGCCACCAGGGGGCGCUGCCGGUAACACCGGCCCCACCCGCCCGCUCUUCCUUCCUCCGCCCGGCCGCCCGCCUGCAGCCGCCGGCCGCGCAUCGCCCCUGGGAGCCCGGCGAGUGCCUGCGCCCUCCGCCCCGCCCGGCAUCGCCGGCCCGCUCGCAGGCAGCCCGACGCCGUCCCGCCGCUUCCCCGUCCACGCCCGGGCCGGCCCCAGCCAUGUCCAAGCCGCCACCUAAGCCGGCCAAGCCAGGGCAGGUUAAAGUGUUCCGGGCCCUGUAUACAUUUGAGCCCAGAACGCCAGAUGAACUGUACUUCGAAGAAGGAGAUAUAAUUUACAUCUCAGACAUGAGUGAUACGAAUUGGUGGAAAGGAACUUGCAAAGGGAGAACUGGACUAAUUCCAAGCAACUAUGUGGCAGAGCAGGCUGAGUCUAUUGAUAACCCACUGCAUGAAGCUGCCAAACGCGGCAACCUAAGCUGGUUGAGGGAGUGUUUGGAUAAUCGAGUUGGGGUCAAUGGCUUAGACAAAGCUGGAAACACUGCUCUGUACUGGGCAUGCCAUGGAGGCCACAAAGAUAUAGUGGAUGUUCUCUUUACCCAGGCAAACUUAGAGUUAAACCAACAGAACAAAUUGGGAGACACAGCUUUGCAUGCUGCUGCAUGGAAAGGUUAUGCAGAUAUUGUAGAGAUGCUGCUGGCAAAGGGGGCAAGAACAGACCUGAAGAACAAUGAGAAGAAACUGGCCUUAGACAUGGCAACCAAUGCAGCUUGUGCUUCCCUGCUUAAGAAGAAACAGAGUGCAGGUUCAGUCCGAACAUUAAGUAAUGCAGAGGAAUACCUCGACGAUGAAGACUCCGAUUAGCUUUUUUUCGUUCAGCCUGAAACACUGUAACUUGUGUUGCCUUGUCAUUCCCCAAAAAUAUCCUUACAAGUGUAAAAGCAUCUUACUUAGAGUAUUGCAGUCUUCCAAUAUAGCGUGUAAACGAGAGGAUGAAAUCAUGCUUUCCAGGGAAUAAUCGUGUGCCAGAAGAUGCCACAUUUUAAAUCAGAGUUCCUUUGGAAUUAUCUCACAGAGGAAGUGUGGCAUACCCUUAUCGUUGAAUGGGCAGAGGACCAUCUUCUAAACUCACAGAUUUCAUCUCAGGCCUUUGCAGCAAGUGCUUUGCAUCUCUGUAAUAUGCUCCUCCAACUGAAAGGUCCUUCUGGGACAGCAGGACACCAUUAUAGGUUCCUUUGUGCAGGUAAGAUAAUACUGGCAGGGUCAGUACUGGCUGAGAGGCAUGAAUGGAGAUGCUGCUGUAGAGAGUGACCAUCUUUUGCCCACAUGGAGCCAGCAAGACAAGGUUUGGGUUUUUUUCUUUUUUUUUUGUAAUUUUUUCCCCCUUCAUUCCUUCCUGUACCCCUUUAAGUAAGGGGUAAAAUGACAUGGGACAAUCUGCCCCGAAUGCUUUAUCUUCCUUAUUGCUAUGGGCCCAAUCCCUGAAAUGUAAACUCAGGUGAAAUGCUUGCUUAAGUCAGGUUUGCUGGAGAAGUACACUUAAUUUUGGACUUAGUGACUUGAUUAUUUUGCUUUUUGAAGUGCAUUUUGCUGAAACUAUUUGCAGUGAAAGGAAGACAGAAUAUUUUUCUAUUUAUCCUGCCUUAAUUUUUUUUUUUACUGAUAUCUUGCUUUUAUUUUUUAAAAGUGUUCUUGUAUUUUGUCCUAAAUUACCUCAAAGCUUAAGUGUGUUUGAAGGAAUGAGGGAAGAUGUAUAUUGAAUAUACCACAGGUGUCUUUGGGAGAGAUAUCUGAAGCUGAAUAAACAUUUUAAAAAUGUAUUGCUUCUUCCUGUGAAUUAAAAAGAACUAAAAAAACAAGUUGAGCCACUUUCAGGCUUCCCAGCAGAGUUAAAGAAAAUAACUACUUCCUUCUGAUUGCUCAAAUAGCUGCAGCCAAAUACUGCACCCUAUUAGGGGUUACUUCCUUACUGUGAUGGCAGAGAAAAUGUUACAAGUAUUUGCAGUACAAUCUCAUUUUCGAUUUUUGUGGCUAGCUUUCCUAUUAGCAACUUUAACAGAUUCAGUCCAAAACAGCAGUGUGUGAUACUUAAAAAAAAAAAAAAAAAAAAAAAAAAAAAAGCCUUUGUGAAAGAUUGGGGAUAAAUGAAAAGCUCUUGUGAAAGGCUGGGGAUAAAUGAAAAGCUUGCAAAAUAUUGGGGAUAAAUGAAAAUCACACUAAGUAUUUUAGACAUUAAAAGAAGUCCAGAGUGCUCUGACAUCCCACUUACUGAACCAGCUUUUUGUAUUUUUAUUAUCCUGGAAAGAACUAUAUACAGGUAAAGCUUGUUAAAUAAGCACUUAUGAAAGAAGGCAGUGUUCUAUUGACCAGAACUGUAAGAUGUGUAAGAUGGAGGCAUUGCACGAAUAGUCAUCUGCACAUAAAAUUCUAAACUGUUUAAGUGUUAAAACUAUAGAACAAAUGUUUGAGCUUUGUGAAAUACUGCGGUCAACUGAACAGUGAUGUUUUAUUUUCUGUGAACUUUAAGAUCCUAGAGAGGAAGAAAUAAAAACCAAAGCCACCAA